AUGCUGGAAGCACCUUUUCUACAGCUCUGUCAGCUCUGGGUACAGAUUAUCUGGGACAGGAAUGAAAAAGCUUACGGUCUGUGGUUUUGUGCCCAGGCACGCGGAGAGGCUGUGCCUAAAUAUACCGAUAAUGAUGAUAGUGAUGUCGUGAAUGAUGCUGAUAAUGAUGAAUGGAAGAAUGGAGGUGUCGAUCGCGGUAAAGAUGUCGGUAGUGAUGAUGGAUCUUUUAUGCCACUCGUGUCAGUUGAUGGCAGUACUAGUAAUGGGAGUGAUUUUACCGGAAACGGUGUGAUGGAUGCCAUAUUCGCGGCAGAGAUGUCCAUAAUGAUGAUAAAUCUUCUUGUGCCAUUCCUGUUGGCUGAUGGCAGUGCUCGGCUGCCAACAAUGUGGCAGCCAUAUGGAAAGUAA